AUGGUUCUCAGUGGUGUAUAUGUUUGGCAUUGGGAGACACCUUGUGAUGGCAAGUUUCCCAUGGAAGUACCUCCUAUUGACAUCAGCAAUGUUCGAAGGGGGCAGGAUCCUGCGGUAGUCUUCCCCCCGCAGCCCAGCCAUGAGAUCACGGGUCUCUUUCUCGUGACGCCUUCCCAUCUCAUAAUAGAAGCGAUUGAUGUGACAAUUCCGUUCACGCUGAGUUCUGGUCAGUGUGCUGUAGUAGUGUGCAGCCGCGAAAUCCACCAUCGCCUCGUCUGGUCUGAUAGAGUCUUUGUCAAAGCUGAAACCACUUCUGAAGUAGCUCUGAGCCACCAGCUUCGAAAUUCCACUCUGCUGGUGAAUGAUCUGGUGCCUGUAGAAUUCGCCAGCAGUGCCAUCAGGAAUAAAUGUAUGUGCAUACAGACUGUUAUAAUUGACGAGACUAGCCCUGCUUCUACCGCUGGCCGAUCUCGCGCAGAGAGUACAGACCAACCAAAGCUUCUGCCUACAACCAGGUGUUUCACAGGACAGCUGUUCCAAGAUGUCAGAGUGCUCCCUUUUGAGCUGCCUACCUACAAGCAGAGAACACUCUCUCUCUCGGAUUUACUUUAUUGUGAUCAUGAGAAAAUGUGA